AUGAAGGAACUAUGGUUCUUAAGGAAUGACUGCACUUAUGGGAACGAGAAAUGUGAUAUAAAUGCUACUAAGAAGAGGAUAAUGAAAGGCAUCUUUGACAGUGAUACAAGAAUGAAAGCAUGUAUGUGGAAUAGUCAAUAUGACCUGAAAAUUCUCAAACUGUUUGUAUUGAAGACCAGAAGGGUGAAGAGAUUGAUAGUCAAAGAAGUUUAUUUCCAUCUACCAAGUCAGGGUAAAUUACUACUAUGCUGUGAUGGUGCUUCAAGAGGAAAUCCAGGUAUAUCUGGCUAUGGUAUAGUUGGGAGAACUUAUACAGGUGAAUUUGUAGUGGCAAUUUCAGGAGGGAUAGGAAUCUCUACAAACUUCUAUGCAGAGGUGAUUGCAAUACUAGUUGUAGGAGAAUGGGUUGUGCAUAAUGGAUUUUUAGAACUAAUUUUUAGAACUGAUUCUCAGGAAGUAAGGAAGGAUUUAUACAGUAAAAAUCUACCUUGGUUUGCAAUAACAAGGUGGGAGAAGAUAUGUGAUGCAGUGGUGUCGUGGAGCUUCACACAUAGCUACAGAGAAGUCAACUUCUCUGCAGAUAACAUGGCUAAUAAGGGAGUUGUCCUUAGUAGAGGUGAACAAAGA